AACAAACACGGAAUUAAAUGCACAAAUGAUGCGGGUAAAGGAUAGAGCAGCACGUAACCACGUAGAGUUACAAGGAAACAGAUUGUUUUGAUUAAGCUUUCAAUGUUCAGUGUGGUCUAUCAAGUCAGACGCAAGAAUUAAAUCUGAGUAUUGAUAUGGAGGAAACUACAGCCUUUGUCGUAUUCAAAUUCAAAGAGGUCAAUUACUCAAGUAUAUUAGCUGCAUCACAUCUAAAUACUUCAACAUCAAUGCCUGUGACGUCAACAUCGCUUGGAGAUUUUGAAUAUAACGAAUUUAUAAGACGUUGGUUUGAAUUUUCAUUUAUGAUAUGUUUGUCUUUAAUUGGAUCAGUUGGUAAUGUCCAUACAAUAUUGGUGUACGUGCGAGUGAAAGAUAUGCACGAAAGGUUCCAUGUUCGAACAUUAGUUACCUGGCUCUCUGUUGUCGACUUAAUAACAUGUCUUGUAGUUAUGCCAUUCGAGACGGUCACUAUUCGCUUAAAUCAUUCUAUGACAUCAAAUGCUCUUUGUAAGCUUGCUCGAUAUAUAGGUCACACAACAAUCACGUCUUCGUGGUUGAUUUUAACGGUUAUUGCACACGAAAGAUACCGAAAGAUCUAUAGUACAUUAUUAGGCACUUACUCCGGGCCAUGUUCAUGUCGUAAGCUAAUCAGUUGGAUGAGAUUGAAAUCUACUUCUUUUAAACAUCGGUUAAUUUGUACUUUAGUCAUCAUAAGUUCCUUAUUGAUAUCAAUUCCAAUAUUCGUUAUUAUUGGGAUUGAACAGGUUGAAAUAAAAAGCACACUGUUAAAUGGCACGCAGUGUACAACACUUAAGCAGUACAGAAGCAUACUUUCCGCUGGAUUGUAUUCGGGAAUGAUAGGUAUGUUUGGACUUUUAUGCUUCAUAUACUGUGCUUACCGUUAUUGGAAGAUAUUGCAAUUAAUACAUAAACAAUAUGAAAAAGAAAAAAGAAGAAAAGCAGACUGUAGCGAAAUGAAACAUAAUGCGGAAGAAGAACAACCAUUCAAUAGUGGGUGCUGUAACAUUGGCCGCUACAAAGUUACAGUCAGUCUUAUUAUAGCUACUGGAUUGUCGUUUUGUAGUUUCAUCUUGUUUACGAUCGGUAUAGCAAUUGUGAUGUCUGAUUCACCACUUAAAAAUCAUACUAGCAAUGCUGUUUUGAUGCGUUCAUUGUUUAUAAAUAAUGCAUUCAAUCCAGUUUCAUAUUUCAUUUUUGAUGACAAAUUCAGAUGUGCAUGUAGGAAACUAUAUAUGAAACAGAAAUAAGUACAAAUUAAAAACCAAUUGUUCAGAGAACAAGUGAAGGCCUUUCCACAUCAAUAUUCAAAGUUAUUGAAAAGAAACUAGUUCCGGUGUACUCAAUGUUAAACUUGGCAUCAAAUAAUUAGUUUCUUUAUACUGAUAGGAUAAAUUAAUGUUUCUAUAUACUGUUGAGUGAAAUAAGAUAUGUAAUGUGCUACUUCCGUUGAAGUAAAUAUCACUUUUGGAUUCAUAUGAUAGCUUCUUUCACACUGUUUAAAAAAUAUAUAGUUUCUGCAUGUUGAACAGGGGAUAAUUGGCCACAUCCGGUUUAUCGAAAGUCAUUUAUAAUCUUCAGUGAUAAGUUUAUAAAACUUUUUACAAAAAAGUAUUGAUUCCGAGUUCUUUUAUAUGAAAAAAAUAUAGUGCGUGCAAAUAAGCUACUUCGUUUUCUCAAGUUCACUUCUGAUUGUAAUUUUUCAAGGUCAUAUGUCACCUUACCUUUUGUAAAAGGUCAUAUGUCUUUUUAAUUAACCAAGUUGAGGUUAUAAACAAAUACAAAGUAAGUAUUGCAAGAACAAAAUAUGGCGCAAGAAAACAAAAGAAAGAAAAUCAGAACAAAUGCAAUAGGUCUUUCCACAGAAAAGAGGAAAGACCUAAUAAGUCCGGGCACAUAUAUUGUGUCACGGAUGAAUGUUAUUUUUGAAAAUGAACUUUUUGUCUGUGUAUCCUUUUGUGCAGAGUAUUUCAUUUUCAGCCAAAUUGUCAUCAAAUGCAUUUGUAUGCUCUAAUAGUACUAACCAUUAUCACGAAAUAUAUGUGUGUAUUUGUUAGCCUUAUAUUUUGACAUGUACUUAUUGUUGAUCAUCUUCAUCCCUUAUAUAUUUUUUAAGUAAAGGAAAACACAUUCAUCUUGCAAAAAUAAUU